AUGGCAGAUAAAUUUCAUAAGAAACUGACCGGUUUACAUCAAUAUUUAAAAUUCAUUACCUUUAAAGAUGUUGAUGAAUGCACACUUUGGAUUCACAACUGUCACAGUCAGGCAACCUGCAGUAAUACCAAUGGGUCGUUCACUUGUACCUGCAAUGAAGGUUAUACAGGAGAUGGAAACACGUGUGAAGACAUAAAUGAAUGUGUUGGAGCAUCGCGAAAAUGUUCAGGUGCAGGUCAAGAAUGUUUCAACUUUCCUGGAGCAUUCCGUUGUUAUUGUAUUAGUCCAAGACAGCAAAUUAUUGAUGGAGAAUGUACUGAUAUUCAGGCCUCUGUCGAAGGUCAAUUUGUGAUUAUAAAUCGCGUCUACAUCUCCGCCUAUAAUGAUCCACAAAGUUUAGAGUACUUUCAAAUUACUCAACUGUUAACCAUUGAGGUUACGAAUCUCUACACGAGAACACCGAGGCUACGUUUUACCUUUCAGAGUGUCAUCAUUUUACGACUGUUCCCUGGAUCUGUUGGUUUUGAUUACGUUGCAACUUUCAAUGAUUCCGCUGGAAUAAACAGUGAAAAUAUUCAACAAGAGUUAGUCGAGUCAAUGAAUGUAACGCAAAACGGCACAUUUCUUGGAGCAGACUUCCAAAUCAGCAAGAGCACAAAUCUCACUGAAGUAAAAGACCAACUUAGUGUGAAAGAUUAUGACGAAUGUAAUCCACAAAAUAGUAUCCAUACUCCUGAUUGUGGCAACAACGCGUUAUGUAGGAACACAAACACUAGUUAUGAAUGUAUUUGUCUUUCUGGAUAUGAAAAAAAUAACACACGUUGUAUUGAUGUUGAUGAAUGCGCACUUGGGAAGGACAACUGUCACAAUCUAGCAACGUGUAAAAACACCAAUGGGUCGUUCACUUGUCCCUGCAAUGAAGGGUAUACAGGAAACGGAACUACGUGCGAAGAUGUUGACGAAUGCGCACUUGGGACUCAUAAUUGCGACAGUAAGGCAACGUGCAGUAAUACUACCGGUUCGUUCAUUUGUACCUGUAACGACGGUUAUACAGGAAAUGGUACUGCAUGCGAAGAUGUUGACGAAUGCACAGUUGGGACUCACAAUUGCCACAGUCAAGCAACGUGCAGUAAUACCACUGGGUCGUUCAAUUGCACCUGCAAUGAAGGUUAUACAGGAAAUGGAACCAUGUGUGAAGAUGUUGAUGAAUGCGCACUUGACACUGACAACUGUGACAAUGAAGCAACGUGUAAAAACACCACUGGCUCGUUUACUUGUACCUGUAAUGAAGGUUAUACAGGAGAUGGUGUCACGUGCGAAGAUGUUGACGAAUGCACAUUUGGGGCUCAUAAUUGUCACAGUCAGGCAACGUGCAGUAAUACCACUGGGUCGUUCAAUUGUACCUGCAAUAAAGGUUAUACAGGAAAUGGAACCAUGUGUGAAGAUGUGGACGAAUGCACAUUUGAAUUGCAUAAUUGUCACAGCCAAGCAACGUGUAAAAACACCGCUGGUUCGUUCAAUUGUACCUGUAAUGAAGGUUAUACAGGAGAUGGAACCACGUGCAAAGAUGUUAACGAAUGCGUACUUGGGACUCAUAAUUGCGACAGUAAGGCAACGUGCAGUAAUACCACCGAUUCGUUCAUUUGUACCUGUAAUGACGGUUAUACAGGAAAUGGUAUUGCAUGCGAAGAUGUUGACGAAUGCGCACUUGGGACUCACACCUGUCACAGUCAGGCAACGUGCAGUAAUACCAAUGGGUCGUUCACUUGUACCUGCAAUGAAGGUUAUACAGGAAAUGGAACCAUGUGUGAAGAUGUGAAUGAAUGUUUACAAGCUCCAUGUGGCAUUAAUUCUAUCUGUACAAACACUGAGGGAUCGUACGUUUGUGGAUGUCAUAUUGGAUAUGAAACAAAUGCCAAAAGUACAAAUUGUGCAGAUGUUGAUGAGUGUGCAAUAGGCCUGUGUAGUUUAAAUGCAAACUGCACAAACACGAAUGGUUCAUACUUUUGUGUAUGCAAAAGUGGUUUUGGGGGAAAUGGGAGAACCUGUUUAGGGUGCCUGCUGAUGCUUUACACUAAUCUGAAUAUUAUUGCUACCAUUUUUGUAUUCACAACAAACACAACGAAGCUCAAUCUCGAAGUGAAAUUCUACUUUUGAAAG